ACGAAUGUGUAUCUGAAUGUCUGUUUUGCUUGCUUCUACUUGCAAGAAUUCCAGCCAGCUGAUUUUGGGUAAACAUGGCAAGCUUCUGCAAAUCGUCUCCGAUGUUUCACAAGUUGUUGCUGUCAACUCGUUUGACGGCCAUCCGUUCACGUCAAGAUGGUUGUAAAUUUGUUUGGAAAAGAUCAUCGUCCCACUUCACAUAUGUGGCCGAUAAUGUGGAGGCGUCUGAAGUACGACCCACAACGCGGCAGAACAUGUUUCAGGCUAUUAACAAUGCCCUGGACUCGGCUCUGAAGAAAGAUGACUCUGCAGUAAUUUUUGGAGAAGACGUAGCGUUUGGUGGUGUAUUUAGAUGCACUCUUGGACUCCAGGACAAAUAUGGCAAGGAUCGAGUCUUUAACACCCCACUCUCAGAACAAGGAAUUGCUGGCUUUGGCAUCGGAGUAGCUGCAGCUGGGUCGACAGCAAUAGCUGAAAUACAGUUUGCAGAUUACAUCUUUCCUGCUUUUGAUCAGAUUGUCAAUGAAGCUGCUAAGUAUCGUUAUAGAAGUGGAAACUCUUUUAAUUGUGGAAGUUUAACUAUCCGAUCGCCAUGCAGUGCAGUCGGUCAUGGAGCACUGUACCAUUCACAAAGCCCUGAGGCCUAUUUUGCUCACACUCCUGGACUUAAGGUUGUCAUUCCUCGAGGGCCACGCAAAGCAAAAGGACUUCUGUUAUCUUGCAUUCAAGACCCAGAUCCCUGCCUUUUCCUUGAACCCAAAGUUCUAUACCGAGCAGCUGUUGAGGAUGUCCCAACAGAAGACUACAUUUUGCCUUUAGGGAAAGCUGACGUACUUGUCCAAGGUGAUGCAGUAACCCUUAUAGGAUGGGGAACCCAGGUGCAUGUUCUUCAAGAGGUUGCAAAACUUGCUAAAGAACAGCUUGGGAUUCAGUGUGAGCUUAUUGACCUUGUAUCUAUUUUACCAUGGGACAGAGAGACAGUUUUCAAGUCUGUGAAGAAAACAGGUCGUGUAGUUGUUGCCCAUGAAGCACCACUGACUGGAGGCUUUGGUGCUGAACUGGCUGCUUCCAUCCAGGAAGAAUGCUUCUUACAUCUAGAAGCACCCGUUCAGCGAGUCACUGGAUUUGACACACCAUUCCCUCAUAUCUUUGAGCCUUUUUACUUACCAGACAAAUGGCGUUGCCUGAGUGCCAUUAAGAAGGCUCUGAACUAUUGAAGCUUGGUGUAAAUUCCUAUAAGCACUGAAAGUACAAAAUAAUUGUUAUUCAUUUAUAUAUUUACAUGCAUUUAAAAAUCUGAAACUAUCAGAGCAAUUCUCUGAAAAUCUUUCCAAUUAUUUUAAUUUGUUUUGCUCUGCAGUGUUCUGUGAAAGUGUGCCAAUUUUAUUCAUUAUCUCUAUGAAUAUGACUGAUCUUCAAUGUUCCCCUUUCUACCCUGUUUCCACUAUAUUUUUUUCAAUUUUACUGAUCUGUCUUGCCACUUGCCAUAGGAUAAUCUUUCGUCUGUGAUGUUUUUUUUUCUAAACGUUGUACCAUUAUUUUAAUACACUGUUUCCAAACGAA